AUGCAGGUGCUUGCGUCGGUUCUCAUAUUCCUCGGGCUCGCUCUGCUAGCCUUCACCUCCAUAUCCUCAGCCCCGCGCAUUGUUCGCAUGGAACCAAGCAGCCGAGCCAUUCCUUCCGCCACCACAGUCUCUCCCGCGUCGCCACUGCCUGUGAGCGCGCCGGCGAACGAGGGCAAGCCGCAAGCGUCAGGGGCUGGGGCUCCUUCGGAGGCCUCACGAAGCGAUCUUAGCACGCGAAGCGGCGCAGUCGCUGAUCCAACGUGCCACGCGCGUCUGCACACGGACUACAUGGGCGAGCGAGCACCUGUCUGGGGCCUUGGCAAACCUGGCUUCCACUUGCAGAGCGCGGCCGAGUGCUGCGCCGCCUGCCAAGCGCACAACCGAGUGUGCGGCAAACCGGGCUCCAGCGCAAAGGCUUGGUGGCCGUCAAGGCCCGAGCUGCGGUGCGGCAACAACCCUGGUUGCAAUGUAUGGGUGUACUGCCCUGAGAAGCAAUGCUUCGCCUUCGACAUCCACGUGCACACGCAGGGCGAGUGCUGGCUCAAGCAGCAGCACGCCAACAUUACGCGGCCCAAGGACCCGCACGAGGGGCACACCAGCUUCCCAGCGGCGAUGCGCGCCUCGCCGCGCGAGGUGUGGCCGUGGGCCGUCGACAAGAAGAUCUGGCCGGGCGGCAUCCCAGAGAAGGUGCCGUGGAUCUCGGGCGUGCUUGCACCGGAGGGGGCGCAGGUGACCAGCGCUCCCGCAGACGAUCGCUGGCGCAAGCGGUGGUGCGACAAGCACGCGGACAGUGGACAGAGAACAGAGUGGACUCAGCACUCUCAGGAGCGCGUUAGCCGCGUUACACCCUCCUUUUUCAAGUGGCAACUUGAUAGUAUUGACCAGUUCAUUAUUGUGAGCGCUUGA